AACAAGGGUGAGCCGCGGGAGGUAGAAGUGAUGGGCAGUAAGCUUGCGGAGCCCCGAGAAAUUGGAACCUCGUUAGUACAAACUUCCCUCCAAAUGGUUAUAUCUGAAAAAGAAAACCUAUGUCGUGAUCAGUGUUACACGCAGAUAAAAUCUACACUUGCAGUUAUUGUUUGAAUAUAUACUAUUUCUUCACGGGGCAGCGCUGAACUUGAGUAAUAGUAACAGCCCGCGUUCAAUUCACUAUGUCAAAUUCUGGAAGCGACAUGACGAAGGGUGGUGUUCAGAUGUGUCAGGUGGCCAGGAGCGUGACACAGGGUUACGGCGUGCAGAGCAGUGAGCUUCAGCCUUUUGGCGCCAACAGAUUCGUCUCUCAGCAAUCAGAUAUAGAUCGCAGUGCUUACCAGCCUUUCAGCGUGAGAAAGGACACUCACCAGCCCUGUGAUGUGGCGAGGAGUGCCCACCAGUUUGAAAUGUCACGGAAUGCGAUGCCUUCUUUCGAAAUGACAAGGAGCCACAGUCAGUCUUUCGAUACCCCGAGAGGAAUCCAGCCUCACUAUGAAAUGAGACGCAGCUCCGUGCAGCAUCACUAUGACAUGACCAGAGGAAACACUCAUUCAUUUGAGCCACACAAGAGCGGUAACGCACUUUAUGACAUGGCACGAGGAACCCUCGGAUAUGAGAUGGGACGAGGCAGUCACCAGUACGAGAUGCCGAGGAUGCAACCUUACGAGGUGAGGCCAACGCACCCACAGCAGAUUCCUCAGCUGUACAAUUAUGAUAAAGGAUGCCAGGAAUGUCCCGAGCCCCAAGACACAGGUAUGGCGAAGGGAGACCAAUCAAAGUCCUUCCCCGACACUCAGCAGGAUAUGGAGGUGCUCUUAAAAAUGCCCAAGACAGCCCCACAGCCCACAGUGAGAAUGAAACCAGGACAAAAAACGUCUGGACAUCCUUUCGAUUUUGCUAAGGGUUAUGCUGAAGAGCUAGAAAUGGCUAAAAAAGCCGCUCAGACUGCUAUUCAAGCCAAGAUUAAAGCGCAGGAGGAGGAGAGAGCGCAUCAAGAAGCCAAGGAGGCAGAAAAAAUGCAAGAAGAGAAGGAAGCUAAAGGAAACACGCAGCCCUCAGAGAUCCUGAAGCUGUACGCCCAACAGCUGCAGAUGAUGAAAAAGGCUCCCAAGUCCCAUGAGGCAGCCAAGGUACCCGUCAGGCAACAGGAUGGGGACAGAGAGGGGGGAUCAAAUGGGGCUAAAAAAUAUAAUGAACAGUAUUUUCAUUUUGAACGGCAGGGGAAACAAAAGCUCUCUGGCCCUUUCUAUGAAGAUACAAACGCAGAGGAAGAACAUGGGGGUGACAAUGUCGCAUCGGCAGGUAGUGCAGAUAAUGGUGAUCUAAUUAUAGACGGGGUUGAGGGAGACCCGCCACCUUUCGAGAUGGCCAAGUACAUGGCCCAGCUGUCCGCAAGGAGUGGGUGGCAGGAGGAACAAGUCUGUCGGGUGACGGAGAGCACUUCUGAUACUGUUGCGAAAGAGGAAAGAAAGUCAUAUUCUACAACAGAGGCAACAAAUUCCUCAGGUAUUCCAUUUUCAAUAGAGCUGAUGAAGAACCUCAGUGUGCCGCUCAGAGCUAGUGCAAAGGCCGUCGGGAACCUCAAGGGCAAGCGGGACCGGCAGGAGCUGACGAUCGCUAACAAAGCGAAGCUAAUUGAGCAGGUGGAAUCGCGUGGCGCCAGGAAAAAAGCUGAUAUAGCGAGGGAGUGGGGAUUGCGUCCAUCUACACUCUCCACCAUUAUGAAGAACAAAGAAAAGAUCCUAACGCAGUUCAAAUCACAGCGCUACGCGGUGGGACGGCGGCGCAUGCGUACGGCAGCCUACCCGGACGUGGAGGAGGCACUGCUUAUGUGGUUUCGUUAUGCACGUGCUGCGGGUAUCCCCAUCACAGGGCCUGUGUUGCAGGGGAUGGGCGUGACACUGGCGCAGGAGCUCGGCCAUCCAGAGUUUUCUUGCAGCGUGGGGUGGCUGGACCGCUUCAAGGCCAGACACGGCCUCUGCUUCAACCCCAAGAACAGCCAGGACCCGGCCACGUCUGGUACCUUCAAUGAACCGCCUGACCGUGUCCCCAGCCCGAUGGUUCUCACCCCAAAUGAUGCCGACAUAAACUGUGACGUGUCCUCGCAAGUGUUGUUCCCACCAACCAUGCCCGCCGUGGCUCCUGACGUCACCCAAGCAGAAAAUUCACCACCUUCUUGGUCUUCAAAUGCCGUGUCGGGCUUAAAUAGCACCUUGGACACUGGGGACCAGCUGAACAAGUGGUUCCCAGAAAAUAUAGCCAUGGAGGAAUGUGGCCAUCAGGAGACUGUGGAGGAUGCAGCCAGCAUGUGGCUUGGCAGCACUGUUCCGGCCUUGCUGAAAGAUAAGAGUCCCAGAGACAUUUUCACCGCAGGAGAGGCGGCGCUUUUCUACAAUCUAUUGCCCGACAAAUUCUUGGCAGUGAAGGAGGAAGACGGUCACAAAUGGACGUGGGUGAAGGAAAGGGUCACGUUCCUGGUGGCAGUGAACAUGGAUGGCAGUGAAAAGCUUCCAUUGCUUGUCAUUGGCCAGAAACCUGUGGGGCAAAGGAACAAUGAAACAGAUUCGGCAACUUUGCCUUUACCUUAUGAGACCAAUGACUCAGCAAUGAUGACCACUGCUUUGUUUAAGAGUUGGUUGCGUCAGUUAGACCAGGAGUACCAAGCUGCUAACAGGACAAUAGCCAUUAUCCUGGAAGACUGCCCUGCACACUCUGAUCCAAAGGGCCUGAGCAAUGUGCAACUGUUUUUCUUGCCCACGGACACCACGUCCAGGCUACAGCCCUUGGAGCAUGGUGUGAUCCACACGCUCAAGAGUCUGUACCGCCGUACCAUGCUGGAGAGGAUGGUUGGUACCCUCGAGGCGGGCCGCAGAUACGAGAUUACACUGCGGGAGGCCAUGGAAGUGCUGCAGCAAUCUUGGAGGCAAAUCAAGAGCGAGUUAAUCGUUGAGAGCUUCAAACAGGCAGGGCUGCAGGCUGCACAGAACCCGGCAGAAUCUGCAGUGCUAGGCGGGGAGGACACGCUGGUUCUUCUGGAGCGUGCCCGCAGCUUGGGCCUUGACAUCCCGAGGGAAGUCACUUUCGAAUCCUACUUGAUGAUAGACAGUGAGGUGCAGACCACUGUCGAUCAGGAGGAGGAGGCGGAAUUGAGAGUUGAUUGUAAAGAUAAUGAGGAACCCACGCCUCCCGGGGAGGCCCUGCAGGCCCUUGCUACGCUCAGGAAGUUCAUGGUGGAGCAAGAUGGACCUGUCUCCCUCCUGGAUACACUGGCGGACAUGGAGGGCUGGGUAACGAAGCAUAUUGUCAAGAAAGAAGUGUCCACAGCAGAAUGAGCGGCAGUUUACAUGUUUCUGCUUGUCUUUUCGUGGCCAUGGCAUGGCGAACAAUGCGUACCAGUCACCCCGUGGACAAUGUAUGGUGGGAAUGGGGGAGGUCGCUGCUAAAUCCCACAUGGUCAACUUAAUGUUGUGUUAUGUUGCCAGUUUGGUCUUAUAAGAUGCCGAUUAGAAUAAAAACUGGUCCAAAGCUUGAAUUGGUUGCUCACCAUUCAAUACCAGAUUUCACAUUCCUGAGCAGCGAGCAGACACUCGCCCUGUAACCUGUCACUCCUAUUAACGUACAGGCA